UUUUAGACUCACUGCAUGUUUAUAGAGUGUAUUUUUUUAUUUAGUCCAUACUGGGUUUGAGGAUUUGUAAUUGUUAUUGGAACGGCACAUUAGCAUGAAAUCAGUUUGCAUUAUAUUGGUGAUACUAGCAGCAUCGUGCAUGAGUGACGAAGAUCAGUCUUGGCUGAAGAUCUCUCAUGCUUGUAUAGAUGGGCACAACAAUGACGUAUAUUUUAAUAUAGCAACUGUUGGUUCAUGCAUAUACAAGUGUAAACAUGGAGCAAUAGGAUUCACAUGCAGGUCUAUAGAGUACCAUAUAAUGGCUAAAGUGUGUAUACUGUCUGAAGUUUAUUCCAACACAGCAUAUGAUGAUUUUAAUGUCCCCUGUCCCCACCAUGAUGGGUGGACAUAUAGGCAAAGAUACCCUCUUGGACACAGGCUAGAUCUUCCAAACUCAUGCAUCAAAGCAAAAACAAUUGCAAACUUUGCCAAUGUUGCAACCAAGGAAGAUUGUUGGCAAUAUUGUCUUGUUAAACAUAAGUGCAAGUCUUUGAACUACAACAAGGGCAGUAAGGCAUGUAAAUUGACAGGAGCAACAUAUGAAACUGGCAAAUUGUAUGCGCCAUGCCCAGUGACAGGAUGGGAGUAUGUUGAAAAACAUUAGAACAUUAGAACUAAGUGCUUGGGUAGAAUAAAAUUAGAUUAGGAUUUGUUACAAAAUAAUCCACACAAAAAGAUCUGGAUCAUAUAAGAACCAUCGGUGUAAAGGUAUAAAGUAUAAAAUAAGUUGUAAAACAGUUUAAACUGGCAUAACUUUUUCAAUAAAUAUUUAGAAAUUGUUAUUAAG